AUGAUCGAUCCAGAUCGAUGCAUGGAGCAGAUCCAAGGUUCUGUGGCAGAUCUGCUUGCUGGAGUGACUCAUGAGAGUGUGCAGUGCAUGCAGAGUAGGAGGAGAUGCUGUGAGGGGUGGGGCUCCAGCUGGAAGGAUGGUGGCCGCGACAAGAAGGGUGAAGGCUCCCAGUGGUGGAAGAAGGACGACGACCCGUGGGACGAGGACCCCAAUGACAUGUCCGGCAUCGAUGUGAGAAAGUGCAAGAAAUGCAAGCACAACUGGUCCUAUGUGCGGGAGGGUGGUGAGCUCUACAUCUACUCGGCCAACCGAGAGAACCUCUGGGAUCCCUACAGCAAGGGCAGUGGAGGCCGGUGGGACCUGAAGGACUUUGCCAACUACAUUGAGCCCACCUUGGCGAAGAAGAAGAAGAAGAACAGGGGCAAGCAGCGAAAGGUGUGGUGGGCCAAGGUCAAGGGGUGGAAGGAUGCCGGCGAGCCGGAGUUUCAGCCACCGAGUGAUGAAGAGGAAGAAGAUCCAGGCCAAGAGGGCCAAGAGCAAGCCGAAGCGGUGCCUUUCCGGCAGAAAGACUUUCAGAGUUUCCUGUGUUGCUUGUGUUUUCUUUGUUCCCGCGAAGCCAAGGCCCAGCAGCACCCGAAGCCAAAGGCACCUCCAGAGAAGAGGGGCAGGAGCUGCGAAGCAGCAGAGAAGAGGAGGGACGGGUCGCCAGCCUCCAUGCGGAGCUAUCAGAGCUGGACCAAAGUGGAUGGCGAGCCGGACGAGGAUACAUGCAGAAUUGUUCGCACAGGAGGCUCUCCUGUCGAGGAGGGCCUCCUUCUUAGUUCGUUCGAAGCUUUUGCCCUUGGCCCUUGUCUGCUCAUGAGGCCAGUGGUCCACCAGCUCCCGAGGAGGCAGCAGGCCAUGGUGACCAAGCCGAGGCCCAUGAUCCCAGGUACCGGUUCCCUCGUGCUCCACUUUAGAAGAACUCGCUUGCUUGCAGUGGCUAAGACGGCUAAGCCUGCGACCUCCAAGGGCAAGUUUGCUGCAACAGCAGCGAAGAAGGAGCCCAAGGCCGCUGCCAAGGGGACGGCCACACCCAAGUCGCAAGCAGUGAAGACCGAGCCAACAGAAGCAGUGGGCAAGAUCGGCAUGGAGAGAGGCCAGCUGUCGGGACUGCUGACCUCGCUGUCCUACCAGUGCAAGGCCAAGAAAGCCACCCCCGAGCACAGAGCAGCAGCAGCGAAGAUCCUCAGCGACUACAAGGCAGCAGACGUGAGUGGCAAGAGCAAGAUCUUGGAGAAGCUUGUGCAGAGUGGCAUGCACUGCUUGGACUGGGCCAACGAGCUGACGAAGAACACGGAGGUUCAACACGAGGAAGCGAAUGAGUUUGUGAAAGGCUUCAUGACCCGGUCCAAAAUCCUGGAGCUCAAUGGCCUGAACGAAAGCAACCUUUCAGAGCAGGUGGCAGCCGACACCUUGCAGGACCUCCUGAGAGAGUCCGAGGAAAGGUUCAAGCACACCAGGCAAGAGCAGCCGCACAAGAACAAACUCCUGCAUCGCUACUUUUACAAGAUGCAGAAGGAGAGCACAGAGAGAGACUCUGCCACCGACACGACUCGGCACAGUCAGACGGGAACCAUGGAUGGUGGAAGCUUGGGCUCGUUGAUGGAUGCCUUCGGCAGUGGUGCCGCUUCCAGCAUUGAGGUGGACAUGAAGGGUGCCUUCAACAAGAACGUUCUUGAAAUUGCUGCCUCGCCUGCGAACCCACGAAGAACGUGGUCGUACCGGGACGAAUCGUUUGGGCACACAUUGUCGAAGCAUGCUGUUCGCAGGGGCGGGGAGUUCAGCAUGCUCGGAGUUUCAAGGGCAAUGUUGCAGAAGUUUGCAGCAAGCAAUCCAAAACCACCACUUUUGCGAGCCAGCUCAGUCAAAAAAAGGCUUCAGACCGUGCUUUAUUAG